AUCAGCGCAUCGAAACGAAAUCGCAAACCAAAACAAUCCUAGGUAUUCUUUGUCCCCACGCGCGCGUAGAGACUAUAUCGCCUAGGUUGAAUUCAGCAGGUACCGGAUGGUCUACGCCAGUCGGUGAUAGUAUUGGCAAGCGGAAGCAUCUCUGCCUUAGAUUCGUGGUUCGCGUACUUGUUCGAUUCCGUGUCGAGAGUGCUUCGCACUUAUGUCUAAUAAGUGUCACUAGAUUCCACGCGUUCGGGAGCUGUAAAUUGGACUAACUGUAACGGUGUUCCAGUUACUGUCAGGUUCGGGAUAAGCUGUUAAUGCAGCAACCAGCGGAUUAACGACUAACGAGGUUCUGAAGACUCUGCAUAAGGGGCAAAUUACCAGUUCAAGGAGUAAAUGUACACGUUGUCAACCACUAGGACCCGCUUGUUUGUGAUGGAAUUUAGCGAUCUACUUCGGUCGAUUGCAGACUACGUUUGAUUGCCAUGUACAUCAAAUCGGGUCACCGAUUCCUCAGCGACAAAGGCCAGAUAGUGUUCCCUGGCCCGCCAACGCGUUCAGCAUUUUCGUUUUCCUACACGAACCCACCGACUACGACGACCACCACGGCAAGCACCACGACGGUGGCCGCCCUGCCCGAUUCCCUUCUGGAAAGUGACGAUGAUUCAAACUUUAUCGAUAUGUGGCGAAGCAAAUCGACGUCCGGCUCGGACAUGCUGUCCGACAAAAUCCAGAUGUUCUACAUUUACAUUACGGUCACUAUAACGUCCGUGUUUGUGCUCAUCCUGCUGGGAAUUUUCGGUUACAUGUGCUACAAAAGAAAGGGUUUCCAGAGCAUAGAGAACCAACAGGACAUCGAAACGACCCGGAGGCAGAGCAGUCGAAGAUCCCAGCGGAGCCACUCGAGGAACUACUCCAAGGAGUGCGAAGCCGCUGAGAACCCGGGGCAGACACUUCUGCGUUAAAAAAAUAAUCACAUAUUCUAUUUUGUGAGCGUUUUUGUAAAACGCCCGAAUUAUUUUGUAAGGUUUUUUAGAAAUAUAAAAAUAUGUUCAUUGAUUUGCAAAACCACUCCAGUGGAGAUUCAAAUUCCUUCGACAUCCACAACAAUCAACAUAACCUCCGUCGAGAGAUUUCCAUCUAUAAGGUACUUACGUUUUGCCGGAGUGCUGGUAGAUCCUAGGCCGGUUGCGCUUGUGUUUCCGAAAUUGAAGGACAUCUUAGUUCAGCGAUCUGGAUAAUUUUGAUCACUUUUACAAGAAUUUGAACGCCUGAAUAACUAAAAACUACGAUUUCAAGCGACCAACCAAACUGUUUUGAGAAUGAUGACAGCCCGCCGCGGA